GAAAGAGUCAGCUUGUGUUGGCGCUUGUUUGGGCUUUGCGCAACAUUGCCAGUGUUAUACUUCUCAUAGCAAAUAGCGCAGGUAUCAGUUCUGUGAAACCCAUCAUUCCAUAACACUACGGACUGCUUUCUUACUUCUCAAGAUGGAUAUAGAGGCUACUAACAAGCCAGCUUCUCUACCCGCCGCUACGAUGCCACCAAGUUUACAAUAUAUACCUGCAGAAAUUCGGAGAAAGAUAUUUAUAUGUCUGUUGGUUAGUACUGAGCUAGGAGAGGCGUCUUCCAUUGACCAACUUGAGGGAUAUGGAGCCGAUGCGAAAUAUGGCUUGAGCCCACAGAUACUACUCGUCUGCCGCCUUUUCCAUGAAGAAGGUAUGGAGAUUCUUUAUGGCUUGAACCAAUUCAUUAUCGAAUCACUACCGAGUAUACGCAUUAAAAGAAUGGAUGUACUUCAUCCGUUCACCAUAUGCAGUCCUUUGACUCGCUGGGACAACCAACCCACCACGGAUCUCCCAACCCACUCCAUUCAAAAGACUCUAUUACACAGGAAUCAAGCUAUUAAAUUCGUCAGAAAAUGGAGAAUAAUUUUAAGCGCCAGGCUCUAUGAGCCCAGAAGUCGAGAUGGACUUGUUGAAUUGUGCCGUUUACUGUGCGAGCUGCAGACACUUUCAGGAGGGUCAUUACUGAGGGAGUUAGAAGUAUGCAUCAUUCCCAAGGGUGUCGAAGUCAAAUAUGGCUACAUGAACAUGAACGAAAUGCGCGAAAGUCUUGUGCCACUGGAGCUGCUACGAAAUAUACCUAUAGUGUCGAUUCGAACAGCCAGCAUUGAUGAGAUACCAGACUUUGCAUAUAGGCAUAAGUGGCUUGAUACACCACUCGUAACACCGUCAAUGCUACCUACCGCAUCCUAUCGCCGCCUCCUCAUCCACCUCAUCCGUGGAAAUUCAGAAGUCGAAUUGAGUACCAAGAUGUUCACUUCUCUUUUGGAGUACACGCAAGCCUUUGAAAGAGAUGCCCAAUUCAAGAACGCGAUGUCCUUGAGCUCCCAAGAGGUAGCCGCUUUGAUGCCGAAGCUGCCUGCACUAAGCGAGAAUCCGUUCCUCAACAAAGAGUUUCACUCAAAAGAAUUGGCUCACACUAUCGAGACUGGUCUACAAAGAGCACGAUAUAUGACCGAGAUCGAAAGUGGAGAUAUUACCAAGACCACCCAGUUCAAGGAAGAGCGAUCUGUUAUCCUGAAAUACUUGGAACGUCAGUUCUGCAGGAUAAGCCACGCAUCCCACGAGCUCAUCGACUUUCUCAAAUUACAAAAGAGAAAGUGGGGCGUUUUUGAUCCUGCUUGUACAAAAAAAUACAACGGUUUUGAUAUGGCGAUUUAUACUGAGGCCAUGGUUCUACUUGAGGACUACGCCGCGUCAUUUAUCCGAGAAUUAGACGCAUCAACGAAAAGAGCAGUGCGCGCGCAAUUUGGUCUUUUUGAGCAUCGCUACGAGUUAAUGGCAAGGGAAGUCAAACUUCAAAAAUGUAGGAUAGCUUACAACAGAAGAGACCCCAUCACGUUUAGAGCAAACUUCCAAGAAGCGGUGAGCGAUAUGGAGUUGCAGUAUCAUACCAUACUCACGACUAGAUCUAAGCUAUACGAUUGGGACGCUGGUAGCAGUAUUCCCGAUAUCAAUAUCGCACCGUUGAGCUCAUUCGAGGACUGGCAAAUUAGAUGGGAGAUAGAGGAACCAGCAAUCACCGCUAUAACAGAGGUAGAAGCGCAAAGGAUUCAACAAGAUCUUCGCCGCCAGAUUGCCCAGAAAUGUUUUCUUGCACAGGAGGCAGAAAACAAAGCUCCCGGGGACAACCAGGAUUUGGAUGCAGCGAAUUGUGAUGAGGCUCAUGACCAGAGCGGGAGCACUACUGAAAAGGAACUCGAACUUGAUAUCGCCAAUUGGGAGUCUCUACCAUAUCAUGAAGAUGACGAAGUCUCUAAGCUUAUCUUACAUCUGGAUGAAGAACAGCCUCCACUACCAUCUACUGUCGAAGCCCUCAUGAAUUCUGACAAUGAUUCAGAAAAUGAUUUCUACGAAGAGCUUUUCAGAGAUCGCCCGGAAGACGAUAGCUUUUGUUUGGAAUCCGAAGACGACAUUGAAGUCGGCGAUGACUGUAUCGAUAGGGACAGGUCUACCCUUCACGACCUACCUUACCCCGGGGACUCUGGAGGUUCUCUAUCACAUGUGUUCCCGUGGAUGACACUCUCUGAGCUAUAAUUGCCCAAGUCUUAUCGAGGUUGUUAUAUUUGACCAGAGUUAUCUCCGAUAAUGCUUCUGUAGUCGUAUCAUCUAAGCCCUUGGUGGAUUUAUGGGAUUAUAUCCGUUACCACUAUGGUUGUAGUAGACCUUAACGGUCCUAGUUGUCCUAAUUGAUGAACUAUGACUCUGUACACUGGAUUCUAGAGGAUUUGAUGAAGCUGAUGGGUGCACCAGUGGGUGCAUAGACUGGCGGGACACUUCUCAAAUUUCAAACGUUUUAACA